GCCUGCCCAGUGGGGUCCUGCCGGGCCUCAAGGUGAUGGUGGGGACGGGCGGCGCUGCACGUUGCCCUCCCGCGCACACAGGGCGGGUAGGGGGGAGGUGAGGAGAGCGGGGACCGUUGGUCAACCGGCGGUCGGCGCCUCUCCGGGCCCGUGAGGAGGAGCGGUGGCUUGGCCACAAGAGUUAUCAGUAUGUUUGAAAGGUGGAGAACUAGUGUGAGAGUUGCAGCUUUUUGAAGAUACAAAGCUUGUACUUUUUUUUUUUCUCCCAUAUCUGGAAAUUAAUAAGAGGAAAUUUCAGCCACACUUCAUCAAAAUGCAGCGGAGUCUGCUACAUACUGCAUCUCAGCUGGCGCAUGGGACAUGUUUGGUUUUUCCUCACUCUAGUAUCUUCCAGUGCUUAAGAGGACAGUCCUUGUCUGAUGUUGGAUGCAAAGUGAUUUUGGCACUGGACACUCCUAAACGAUGUCUUCAUGCAGGUGCAGUGCACUUUGCCUCAAAGAAAAGUACUUCAUCACAACCAGCAGACACUCCUCACAAAGCACCAGAAGAGAGAAAUCCUUUGACUUUGGCAACUGAUACACCCAAGCAGGGCCCUGUAGAGUCACUUUCUUCAGAACCUGAUCCAUUAGAAGACAAAUCAAUUAGUCUCGUUCAGAGAUUCAAGAAAACUUUUAAACAGUAUGGAAAAGUCAUGAUUCCAGUGCAUCUUCUGACUUCCACUGUAUGGUUUGGAUCCUUUUACUAUGCAGCCAUGAAAGGAGUGAAUGUUGUUCCAUUCCUAGAGCUGAUUGGCUUACCAGACAGCAUAACAGACAUCCUGAAAAAUUCUCAGAGUGGAAAUGCACUAACUGCAUAUGCACUGUAUAAAAUUGCAACUCCUGCCAGAUACACUGUGACUCUGGGAGGAACAUCCUUCGCUGUACAGUAUCUACGUAAGCAUGGCUACAUGUCCACACCACCACCAGUAAAGGAGUAUAUACAAGAUAGGAUGGAGGAAACUAAGGAUAAAAUUACAGAGAAGAUGGAGGAAACUAAGGAUAAAAUUACAGAGAAGAUGGAGGAAACUAAGGAUAAAAUUACAGAGAAGAUACAAGAAACCAAAGAUAAAGUUUCAUUUAAAAAGAUAAAGGACUAGGAGAGAUGUUUAAUUUUUGGAUAUAUAAAACUUAGCACUUUAACCCUUUGUGAGGCAGGAUAUACAAAGUGCACUUCCAAGCAUUUUUCCUUUUUUUUCUUCUUCUUUGUCUGGAGACUACACCACUUGCUCUGUGGAUUUAAAAAUUCUGUAUACCAAGGUCAAAGUGCCCUGGGAGCGAGAUUGUGACAAAAUUUCAGUUUACAGAAGGAAAAGUCUCCGAUAAGAAGUUCACAUGUCCAUUGGUAACAGUGUUAACAGUAACUCUUCCCCCUUUCUUUUUUAAUCCUCCCAAAUCCUUAAAAUGAAGAUUGCUUCUUCCAAAAGCCUCUACUUUAUUCUUCUUCUAUUGUAGUGCACAGCCAUUAUUCCAUUAGACUGAAUCCUCCAUUACAUGAGAAUGAAGAUUUAUCUACUGGGAAAGGUAACAUAUUUUGGUUUACAGAGUAUGUGGACCUGGGCCUGUUGAAUCGUGAUCAUCUCAACUUGGAGGCAGACCAUUGUCCCUGGUACUGCACAUAAAGGAAUCAAUGUAUGAGCUACUUAGGCUGAGUGAAUUGAUGAUGGCUGCAUUGACAUCAGCUGAGCUGGGAUACUUGACAGGCUGAGGCUAUGAAUCUUCCUUGGACUGUUUAUCUUUUCAGAAAUCUAAACUGAAAGAUAUAGUUAGUAGCUUGAGUACUAUGGAGUAUGAGUUAAUCAGAGUAGCCAUACGGGCAAGUAUACUUCAUUUCCUAAAGCUGAUUUAUAGUAGACCGUUAUUAAAUGAAAUUAAUCAAUAAUUGUAUAUUAAAAACUAAGGUUUUUUUAACAUUAUGUUAAUGUUUACACAGCUGUUCUAUUUCAUUUUUCGAACAACAAAACUGAAAGAGAAGUUUACUUGAGAAAUCAGUAUACUAAUAGGCUUUUUAAAUAUGUGCAAAGUUAAACACAAGUUCUUCCUCCUAUUCUGGAAUCCCUCAGACUUCAGUAUAGAAAAAUUUAACUAAAAUAAAAGUAACUCUGAGACAAUGAUCACAGACUACCAAACUUUUUUCCCCUGUAGAUUUUCCUAUGCCAAGCAGAUACUUAUGCAUAGCUGAAGACUGAAAUGCUGUCUCGGAGAUGUCAUAAAGGACUAAACUUGGAACUGGUCUAUUUGACUGGGCAGGCAAACAUCUCUCAUGGUUUUAUUCAAGUGUAGGGUAAAUUGAAGUGUUGGCUUUUUUUCCCAUUUCCAUUACUGACCUCACUUUGUAGCAACUCUGCAUGUGUAUCUUACAGGUGUUUUAUUUCAGGGAGUUAUGGGAAGCAACAGAGUUGGACCCUGAGCAUUGUAAUUGACUGGAGUAAAAGAAUAUAGUUGGUAAAAGUAUCAGCUCUGCCCCAUUCUUACGUUUUCAGUCAAGUCACUGAGGGCCUCUCCAUGUUUGAGUUGUACUUCAUCAGCUUAAUUGUACAGGGUUGAUUACAUACUUGUCUGCCUCUGUCCACGUGUCAAGUAGUAAUUACAGUCUUAUGCCUACCUCACAGGGAUGUUGUGAGGAAUAAUCAUUGUAUAUUCAGUGCCCUCAAGACAUAAAGUGCCAUAUUUCUGAUAGAUAUUAUUAAAAAAUAAUUCUGUGAUGAACACUA